GCCAAGUUACCAACUACUUCCCCUUUUCACUUUCCACGAAGGACCAUGAAAAUGGAUGAAGACGACGAAAAAAUUCCACCUUUCCAGCCACCACUACCACCAAAUACAAAAGAGAGAGACCAAAAAACCAGAAAAAUGGUGGAAAAUUCUUUCGACACUUCAAAGAACAACCACCGGAUUUCUCUUUUCUAAUACUUUUUUUUGGGAACACAUCUCAAUUUCAGUAUACCCAGUAAAGAAUUCGAUGCAAAAAGGGGAAACGAUGAAGAUUUUCAGUAGCUUCCUUCUUUGUUUAUUCUCUGUAAUAACUGUAACUUCAGCAGCCACUCCAAUCGUAAACCCCAUCUGCCCAAUGGACCUCAACUAUGUCCUCAGAAUCCCUUGGAAUGCGACUGCUUGCCGGAACCCUUUCUUCCAGACCACUGCCAAAUCCGCCAUGAAUGAUACCUCCAAAAUCCCUUGUUGUCAAACCCUUUUGUCCUUGUUUGGAAUUGCUUUGGCCCAACACCUCAAAGAGACUUCUCUUUUCAACCUCCCAGACCUCGAAACCUCCAAUUCCUGCCUUCGCGAUUACCAAUCGAAGCUCUCCUCGCUCUCCCUUCCCGGCGACCUUGUUACCCAUUGCUUUAAUCCUUUGCAAUUUGUGAUCUCUGCUAAUGUCUGUGCUGGGAUUCAAACGACUCGAGAUUGGGUCUCGAAAGUUGGCCAGAACUCGCCGCUCGAUUCUGGUUGUCGGUCGGAACUUGUUGGUCCUGGCUGUGAUGCUUGUCUCGCUGCUGGUUUGAAAGUUCAAGCUAUUUUGACUGGAAUUGAUGGUAAUAAAUCUCAUUCUAUGGAUUGCUUUUACUUUGCUGUUCUUUAUGCUGCUGGUAUUGUGAAUGAAUCUGGCCCUGAAGGCGACAGUGCGUUAGAUUGCAUACUUAAUUUGCCAUUGAGUAUUGAAAAGGAUUCCAAAAGUAACCAUUCUGCUCUAGUUUAUGGCCUUACUGCUGCUGCUGUUGGAAUUUUGGUCCUUUUUGUUCUGUUAGGAAUAGGAUUUUGGUUUUACAAAUGGAAAAAAUUGGCUGAUAAGUCUAGUUUAGAGUUUGAUGUUGAGCUGGAUGAACAAGGGUCUAGGCCACAUGCCAGGCCAAACACUGGAUCAAUUUGGUUCAAGAUUCAGGAGCUUGAGAAAGCAACUGAUAACUUUUCUUCAAAAAACUUCAUCGGGAGAGGUGGGUUUGGUUUGGUUUACAAAGGGACAUUACCUGAUGGAAGUAUGGUGGCAGUCAAGAAAGUAAUUGAAUCAGAUUUUCAAGGCAAUGCAGAGUUCUGCAAUGAGGUUGAAAUAAUCAGUAAUCUGAAGCACAGGAAUCUUGUUCCACUUAGAGGUUGUUGUGUGAUCGAUGGGGAUGGUGGUCAUGAUGAGGGAGCAAGUGAGCGAUACCUUGUUUAUGAUUACAUGCCAAAUGGAAAUCUUGAUGACUAUUUGUUCCCUAUACUAUUUGAUCAAGUUGGAACUGUAAAAAAAUCAUUGACAUGGCCUCAAAGGAAGAAUAUUAUCUUGGAUGUGGCAAAAGGCUUAGCUUAUCUGCACUACGGAGUGAAACCUGCCAUAUAUCACAGAGAUAUCAAGGCGACGAACAUAUUGCUAGAUGCAGACAUGAGAGCAAGAGUGGCAGAUUUCGGGCUCGCCAAACAGAGCAGGGAAGGACAGUCUCAUCUAACAACUCGAGUUGCAGGAACUCAUGGGUAUUUAGCACCUGAAUACGCACUUUAUGGACAACUAACAGAGAAGAGUGAUGUUUAUAGCUUUGGAGUAGUUGUUUUGGAGAUCAUGUGUGGGAGAAAAGCUCUUGAUUUCUCUUUGUCGUCAUCUCCGCGUGCAUUCUUGAUCACAGAUUGGGCUUGGUCCUUGGUGAAAGCUGGAAAAAUAGGAGAAACUUUAGAUCCUGCUCUAAUGAAAGAUGGAGAUUCUUCUAAUUCAAAUCCAAAAGCGAUAAUGGAGAGGUUCAUUGCUGUUGGAAUUUUAUGUUCUCAUGUGAUGGUGGCUUUGAGGCCCACCAUUAUGGAAGCUCUGAAAAUGUUGGAAGGUGACGUUGAAGUUCCCCAGAUUUCUGAUCGGCCAGUGCCUUAUGGCCAUCCUUCAUUUGUUGGUGACGGCAGCAACUUCAGUAUAUCACCAACAUUAAGCGGACUUGAAUUGCAUAACGGUGACAUGCUCAGAUGAACAAGAAGACCAAUCACAUUCAGUAUCAAACUCAGAAGAUAUCUUGAUUUUUUGGUUAGGCGAAAAUGCUUCAAGAGUUUGUUAUAUCUCUUAUGUAGCAACUCAAAUGAAGGCUGCCAUUCGCUGCCAUUCGAGAUUAUCCAAUGCAGUCUGGAUGUCGUUUUCUGAGCCUGCGAUGAAAUGAUAUCUACUACAGAAUGGGAGUCUUGGAGAGGGAGGUUUAACUGGAGAAUCUGAGAAGUUGAAACUGGUGAGACCAAAAACCUCCAACCUCCAUCAUAAUCAGUUAACCAAACAUUUGAUCAUUGAGAGCUUUAGAAUUGGAAUUAAUUAGGAUUAGCAGAUGCUUUGGAAUUAAAAUUUUCUCUUGUAAUGUAAAUUUUACUCGAGUCUGUAAAGAUGUCAUCAAGUAUAGCUUUAGUUCUUAUAUCUCACUGAUUUAUAGCAAGUAUAAAGAUGUACAUUUUUCUUGUCCAUCUCUUUUUUCUUCUAUAGAAACUUUUCUAUCCUUUUUGUUGAACAAACAAAUUUUUCAUUUCACAAAUAAAUCAAUGGCAGGAGAAACAGACUUUGGCAUC